CUGGGACUCUCGAGCCUUCUGCACAAUAUCCUGCUCUCGUCAAGCUAUCGUAAAUUUCAGAGAUACAUCAUGUCCAAUACAAAUAACACACCUACUUCGCAACCAGCACACGCAGGUUUACUCGCAGAGGAAGCACCGACCUAUCAAACAUUCACAGACGCAACAGAUAAACUGUACAAGAAGUUGGUCCAGGAUGAAUCCCGUGAAUGGUGGCAGUACCGUUUCGUUAGCAUGUCUUUCAACUUACUCGCGAUCGUGCAAGUCAUGGUCGGGGCAAGCAUAACUGCUCUUGGGCCGUUUGGGGGUCAGCAUUUGAUUGCUGUAACCGUGCUAGGCGCCAUUAAUACUGUCAUUGCCGGGUUUAUAGCUCUUCUCAAAGGUAGGGGCCUUCCUCAGCGACCCCGGAAGAAUAUGCUAGAGCUUAGGAGGGUUCGGGAAUAUAUUGAGCAAAAGAGGACCAUAUUACAGUACAGGAACAGGAGGUUCUCGAGGGAUGAGGUUGACUCUCUACUGGAAGAUGUGAUGAGGAGGUAUGAUCUUGCUGAGGAGGUUAUUGAAAGAAAUCAGCCGGAUACCUAUACAGAUAGUACGGGAUCGACUGGUAGAGAGCGUCAACCGGACGAAGAAAGGGGUCCGGGAUAAAGCAGGUAUUAUCAAGUGCUUUCCUGCUUGACCGGUUCCAGCUCCGCUUGGAAUGCAUCUCUAGAUGCAGAUGAUUGUUGAGAUACCAGCGUCAGUGGCAUGGCUUCCGUUGUUGCUUUACUCCUGAAGUUGUAAAAGUCCAUUCGUCUGGUUGGCACUACUCCAAUCAAGCCGUACAAGGUCAAGAGAAGAUUUAGACUCACAAACCAGCAAGCCCACAGCCGUUGUGCCUUUGCUUCGGCCAUCCAAGAUUAUUUUCUCUCCUUUCUCAGAAAUUACAACGGUACCAUGCUUGCAUCAUUUCGUACGCUGGGAGAAGGUUGCUAUAUUUUAUACUAUAGCUGCUGGAGGGAAUCCAUAGUCCCCAUUCUUUUCACACAAUAUGUCAAAUGGCACAUGUACCAAGCUAUACAUUAGGAAGCUAGGCUAUUAUAAUGUCUUAUGUCGAGGGACUCCAGAAUGGAAGGUCCAAGCGAGUAGAGCAAGUGUUCUUAGCAAUGAUAUUGUUCAAUUAAAC